GUUAUUGAGUCAUCCGUUCACGCCAUUCCCUCAGUCUUAGAUUGUUUGUCUCCUUCGUCAGUCGCAUUUUUCGCGCUCGACCGUCUGGGCUACACCACGUGGGGAAAAAAUGGCUAGCAGCACAUCGGUCAGCGAUUUAGUGAAAUUAUUUGGCCCAAGAGCAAAAACCACUAGAAAUUCUGCCCCACCAAACGAUGAAUCAAAAACCGAAGGGUGGAAACUCCGAUUCGAAAAAGAGCGUGACGACGCUCUCCGUGCAGAAGUAGAACUCAAUCGAAGAAGAUCCUCGGGCAAAUUUGUCAAUCAAGUCGAACAAGUCAACCAGCAAGAUCCUAUGGAUGAAUCAACCACUGACCUAAAUUUAACUGCUGUAGAUACUCCGCUAUCGCAUCCUACUCCGCUUACCACUUCCCUUCCAGCUGAUUGGGAGUCUGAACGGGAACGACUGUACCAACAACUGAGAAAUAAGGAUGAAGAAAUCAACGAACUACGCCAAUUAGUGGAGAAACUCAAGAAGCAAACGACAGAGCAAGAAAAAACUCUUGGUUCAGUUUGGGAGCUUGCUUUGAACCAAUCCACUCCCCCCUAAUAACUGUGAAACCUUUCAAAAUUUUAAAAAUUCUAUUCCCCAGUUAUAUUUUUGAAAAUCGCAAUAAAUUUCUCUAUUGGUUUCAAUAAUAA